UUGCGAAAUAAAAAGUAGAGGAGUUUCUUCAUUAUCAAGAUGCUGAGCUAACUAUGAAGCUAUCUUGCCCUUUACAUUUUACAGUUUACAUAUCAUUUUUUAUGUGCAGAGCAUUAGCAGCAACCUAUUACUGUAAAGAUAAAGAGACAGUGAACAUUGAUGGAGUGACUUCAGGGACGAUUCGCACACUGGCAUCAGGUGCCAGUAGCUAUAGCAACAAUGUGGAUUGCUCCUGGAAAAUUAAUGCAGGGGCAGGAAACAAACUACAUUUUAAAAUUUUAUCCUCAGUUUUAGAGUAUACACCUCCGUACACUUCUUGUUAUACCAGGGAUAGUCUCUUUAUACUAGAUGGAGAGACACCUAGCUCUGAUAUCCUGGUGUCCAUAUGUGGGUACUUUAAUCCAUUUGAGGUCACCAGCAAGGGCCAGCAUGUGUAUCUGAGAUUUUCCACAAAUGACAAAAACUUCUAUAAAUAUUCAGGCAUAAUACUUCAAUUUGAAGCAUUUGGAAAUACCUCAUGUCCACCAGAUUGGAAGGAAUUAACUCCCUUAGAAUGCUACAAAGUCAUGACCCAGCCUGCCGAUGGCCUGACAUGGGCUAAUGCACAGGAGUACUGUGGGUACAGUCUAUCUAAUCUGAUUAUAUUGCCAACUGAAGACAUUUUCACAGCAUUUCAAGCCUAUGCUGUCAACAUGUCUGUGAGUAAAGUAUGGAUUGGUUUGAAUGAUAUCGAGGUGGAAAACUCAAUCAAAUGGAUCAGUGGUGCAACAGGGUACCCCCAAAACAGACUAGACACAUCGUCUGAGGCAGACACCAAGGAUUGCGUCAUCCAUGAUGCACAGAAUCAGAGGUGGACCUUUAAAUACUGCAGCAGGGACAAAUUUCCUUUCGCUUGCCAAAGACACAAAGUGAAAGAAACAGAUUUAUUUAAGGUACCAGAAGCAGUGGAUAAGGCUGAUUUUGAGCCUGUCUCAUUACGGUGGGUGAUAAUUUUAUCCAUCGGCGGUGGUAUUGUGUUCAUCAUCAUAAUAACUGUGAUAUAUUGCCGAGUUAAACAUAUGAAAGCACAGAGAAUUCGUGAAGGCCUAGAGAGGCGUCAGACGUACCAGCCUAGCAGCAAUGACAGGAGACUCAGCAGGCCGGAGGAGCCAAGUGCCCCUCCUGAGGAACAAAUGCCUUUGCCCUCUUAUCAACCUCCCUCCAUAGACCCUGACAGAGGGUCACUUCCCCCCUCAUAUGAGGAGUCACAGCGAAAUAAUUACAUCACCAAGCCAACGUACAUGUAACAAAAAUAGGAUUUAUGUCAAGUCUGUUACUGAAUGCAUGUGUAGUGGACAGACCUCCACUGUAAAGAUCACUAUUGUAAAAUGGUUUCCAUUGUUUUUUCUUUUUGUACUUAGUUGUUGUUGAUUUUGUUGUUGUUUUUGUUGAGCAAGAAAAUCAAUUACAAGAGAAAUAACCAGUUUUGUUGUCUGUUGACAUGAAUUACAUAUGGACAUUUUUUGGGGGUGGGUGGGGGUUGAUUGGUUGGUUAGUUGGUGUGAAUAACAUUUUUAGUUUGAUGCUAUUAACAAAUGAGCAAAACUUAAAUCCCCUCUUGUAGACCAACUGUCUUCUGUUUUUUAUGCUUGCUUUGUAUUAAAUAUGUUAUUAUACAUAUGUGGUUAUGCUUCUGUUAAGGUAUUGUUUUAAAGUUGUUAUAUGACUGAAAAACCAGGCCUUAAUACUAUUGUGUUAAUGAAUUACGUUUUGUAAUUUAUAUUUUUGUUAUUAUCAUUAAUUUAUUCUCUUACACAGGAAAUGUCACGUAUAGCUUUUGUAUUAUUAGGUAAUUAUUUCCCAUCGUAAUUUUUUUUGCUUCUUUGCUUUAUUUCUUUAGAGAGUAUGCAAGAUAUUACCAUACUCAUCAACAUAUGAUGCUCAAAGACUUUUUGUAAAAAGUUAUACAUAUCAAUAGGUGCCAUAGUUUUUUCUGCUAUCUGUGAAGUUCUCUGAAAUAAGUUGCAUUGCUUACUUUAUUGAAUAUUAUUUUGCAAAAAUUGAUAGUGUAAUUUAACUGAGUAAGAAUGUGACCCCCUGUGAUUUCAGAGGUGAUGGUUUCUCAUUCCUUUCCAUGGGCGGUCUCCCUUGGCUCUGCGGGAGCAUCUCUAUUUAUCGUCUUGAUUCUCGUCUUUUGUGUGCGUAGGCAUGUUCAGAGGAAAGGAAAUAAUAAUUAUCUCACCAAUCAGGAGGAGAAUGACCGACUUACCAUGGAAAAUACAGAAAGAAACAGUUGGACUAAUCAAAAUACAGAAAGAAACAGAAUGGCAAAUUAAAAUACAGAAAGAAACAGACUGGCCAAUCAAAAUACAGAAAGAAACAGAAUGGCCAAUCAAAAUACUGAAAGAAACAGACUGACCAAUUAAAUAAUUGCUAUCUCCAGUGUUGUAGAAACUGGAUUAUCCCUCCACCUCCGUAUUCAUGAAGAGUCUAGCAGUAAACUCAAAACCUUCAUAAUACUGGGUUAAAACUUUUAAAUAAUUAUAAUAAAAAAAAUCUGCAUCAUAAAGUAGAUGAUAUGUUGGACAUUAACAAAGAAGUGGGGAAUGUCUUGUAGCAUGUUGGCCUUUUGUAUUUUUCUCUCAAAUCUUUAUAAUACUCUAUACAAAUUUGCUCUUGGUAAUUUUUGUAUUCUCUGACCAAAAUUAGGUAUUUUCUGUGUAAUUUGUUGUUGACUUUUUUCGAAAAACAGAAAUAUAUAGUCAGCAAAGAUACAGAUGUGUAGCAAACUUUGUUAGGAAUACUUAAAUGUAGUGAAGUUCUGUUUUCUCAAUGAUCUGUUUUCAGCUCACCGAAGGCUCAAGUGAGCUUUUCUGAUUAAAAAAUAUGUCUGUUGUCUGUCAUCUUCAUCAUAAACUUUUCACAUUUUCAUCUUCUUCUCCAGAGAACCAAAAUUGGCACAAAGUAUCCUUGGGUAAAUGGGAUUCAAAUUUGUUGAAGUGAAGGGCCACACCCUCCUCCAAGGAGAGGCAAUUAAGAAAUAAUAAAAACUUGAUUUGGUAAUUAAAAAAAAUCUUUUCAAGAACAGAUGAAACUUAGAUGCAAGUUUCAUGACAGUGUUAAGGAUCAAGUUAAUUCAAAUCAAGACCUCGGGGAGGGGGGAGGGAGGUAGGAUAGGGCCAUAAUGGGUACUCAAAGUUUUACAUAAGAAUAUACAUGUAUAGUAGAAGUCUUUAAAAAUUGUAUUCUCAAGGAUAGCAAAGCCAUGUUUACUCAUAUUUAUGUGGCAGCAUCCUCAGGUAGUGAAGAUUCAAGCUUGUUCAAAUCAUGACUUCCUAGGGUAGGGUGGGGCCAAAUAUAUGAUAUAAGAUUUACAUAGGAAUAUAUGGAGAAAAAAUCUGGUGAAGAACAGAAGGGCCCGACUUCAGAUGAGCACUGUGGCCCAUGGGCCUAUUGUUUGUUUAUCCACUGUUUGCAACAAUUAGUGAGUUCUCACAAAGAAAACCACAUUUUCUGUAUUCAAAGCCAGAUGUCAGAUAGAACUUCUCAAGAUGGUUACAAGAAUGUUAAGAUUGUGAUGGAAUGGUAGUGUGUGAAGUCAAUUGUAAUUUAUUUGCAUUUUUUUGUAUCUGGAGGACUUGAAUGAAUCUGUACUGGGCAGUAAAUCAUUGUUCAGGGCAUAAUUUGUUUGAUAGGAAAUCUGUGAUGUGUAAUGAUAGUGCCUCUUUAAUGUUUUAUACAACUGUCAUAAACUUAAUGAUACAUUUGUAACUUUAUACCAAAGUGUGAUGUAUUUGCUCAUUUUGUAACUUUUGUAACCUUGGUUUUGUACAAUAAACACUAGUCAAUUGU